AUGGCAAAAGCAAAAAAAAGUAAUCAAAUAAAAAUUACAGUUCGUGGUUAUGAUGUAGCGACUACUGAGGAGGCUAUUCGCUUAGUUAGCGAAAAGAUUUCCCAACUUAAAUUAAGUUUUAGCGGUCCAGUUCCUCUACCAACCAAAAAAAAA